AUGUCGGACGUACAGCCAUCGUACUGGCGCGCAAUCUCGGGCGCACGCGGCACCUACAACCUCAUCCUCGGCACCGCACUCGGAUCGACAGUCUGGCACUCGUUCAUCGGCGGACCCACGGCGUACAAGGCCCUGCCCCGCCAGCAAUUCGGCCACCUCCAGUCCCGCCUCUUCCCUCGCUUCUUCGCCCUCCAGACCACUUCGGCCCUCGCUCUCCUCGGCUUGUAUGCGCGCGGAGGCGGAAAAGUCAGCUGGACGGGGUGGUGGAGGAGCGGAAGCGACAGGACGGUGCAGGCGUUGAUGCUUCUCGUCCUCACCGGCGCCGCAAACUGGAUCGUUGUGGGUCCGUGGACCACCGCCGUCAUGAAGCGCCGACACCGCAAAGAACGCAUCGAGGGCAAGGACUACAGCGACCCCGACGCCUCGUCCGAAAUGAAGGCCCUCAACUCGCGCUUCGCCUUCCUCCACUCCGUCUCGUCCCUCCUCAACCUCGGCUGGCUCGUCACCGCCGCCGCACACGCUGCGUUCGUCGCCGAGUACGGCACGACGCGGGCGUAG